AUGACAAUGACCAUCCUACGUGCAACAUCCUUGAUCAAGUGCCUUUUGCUGCUUACGUUGGGGCUCACCCACUUGGAUGAGGUGACAGCUCGAAAAAUCCCCAAAGCAGGGAAUACUGCUGUCUGCCCUCCUCUGAAGGACAAUAAUGUGAGAGUUGACAUUCGCAUCCUCAAUCAAAAGCAGGGUGUUUCCAUCUCAUCUGACAUCCAGAACCGCUCCAUUUCCCCUUGGAAUUACAACAUCACCCAGGACCCUAACCGGUUCCCCUCUGAGAUUGCAAAUGCUGAGUGCAGAUACUUGAACUGCCUCAAUGCUGAGGGGCAGGAAGACAGCUCCUUGAACUCUGUCCCCAUCCAGCAAGAGAUCCUGGUCCUGCGGAGGGAUCCUCAGGACUGCCCUCAUGCCUUCCGACUGGAGAAGGUGCUGGUGAAAGUUGGUUGCACCUGCGUCACCCCUGUCAUCAGUCACAUUCGAGGGCAGAGAGCUGCCCAUCAGCUCAGCUGAGGAAACCAUCUCAAUGCCACUCCUUACACAGUACUCUGCAACAAGUCCUGAAUGGUCCCCAGUUUUUUUUCAUAGAUGUCUUAGUAAAACCUGCUUAAUAAAACAUUAGCUUCUAGGGGUGCUUUUGAAUGGUUCCACACUUCUGAGAUGUUCCAAUGUCCUCACCUCCUGAAAAUGGAUGGAGGUGAUUAAAGGAGCCUUGAGACCACUCAAAGUUUAUGAAUUUUGGUAACUCCCAAGCCAUGAACUGUGAUAAAAUGCUAUUCUCCAGCAACUCUGGAUGAAAUUGGCCUCUGUUCUACCUGAACAAAACCAUAAGAAAUCACACCACAGUGAAAGAG